CCUUCUUAUCUUUCUUAGCUUAUUGUUAGCUCCGUUUGCACACCUGUAAACAGCAGGGACCGUUCCGCGGUUCGGUGUUCACUAUUAUCACCGUGGUUCUGCUGGAAGGUGAAUGUGUGAUAUUCAUCGAAUGUAGAUCUGCUAAUAGCUGUUGUUGCAGUUGAAGCGAAAUUGGAUCGUCGAAAGUAUUUUUAACUGAUUUUUCGUGUGUCAUAAUAAUAGACUGGCAGAUCUGUGCUCCCCGAGCCGGAACAUUACCCACACUAACAUUGGAGCAGACUUACGCAAGCUCAGCCCGAUACGGCGUCGUUGUCGUCGUCGUAUAUUCUGAUGUGACAGUAAAGUGCAGUGAUUUCACGAAGCUACUCCAUCUGUUCGAACAAAAAAGAUGGGAAACAUUUUGUGUAAGGAACCCAAAAACAACAACUCGCAACGUCCUGGUAAAAUGUUCAACUAUUUUGGCAGUGCCGUUUGUCCCAGUGGUAUAGGCAAAAGUAAACCCGGAAUCAACAAAACCUACCUUGGUCGUCAUGUUUUGGAAACUAACUCGAAACCGGACGCUCAUGGCAAUUGGCAUAGUUCUACGUUAGUUGUCCCAGAUGGUGCUGAUAGCAAUAUAAUUGACCGUCCACCAGUGGCCCCACCUCGUAAGAAAAGAGCCACAUUGGAACGUGGAGUUCCUCCAAGUUCGCUGAAAGUUAAAAACGGUUUCAAGGAUGUUUUUGGUCCCGACAGUCGCCGUGCGUCACACGAUGUUCAGAUGACGAAGUCUGCAUCAACCGACGUUGCACGAGACACCGUCGACGAGGGAUUGCAGGGUCGGUCUCAGUCAUGCUACGAAAUUGACGCAAAAGUUGAUGCUUUUAGUGAUUUCUCUAUAAUUCCAACCAAUACGGAGUUGGAAAAACCGGAAAUUAAAAUAAGAUCAGCAACUAACAUAGCAGAUAGGGCGGCAAAAGUUGGAAACCGUAAGUCCGAUCGUUUGCUUGGUGAAAAUUUAUCGGCUUCUUUGUCGUUCGAACCGGUUGUGACGGAGAGACGUAGAAGUUCCAAAAAAGGAAUGGACGAUUUAGAUAAAAUCGACAAGUUCAUAGAAACGAACGUUUUUAAUGUAAGAUCUGAAAUAACUGAUCGCAAAAACAGUCUUGGAAGAGAUAAAAAAGAAUUGAGUCGAGAGAAUUCUCCUACACAACCGAAAGUUUUAGAAAACAAAGGAUCUGAGUCAGAUCAAGAAAAGGAACGAAAACUAAUUAAAUACAUCGAUGACACCGUGGGCAAAGAAAACAAUCUAGGUAAAAAAGCGGAGUUUUUGAUGGCAAUGCUUGAAGAUUAUCCGGAAGAUCAAUAUUUAGGUAUGGUUCCCGUCGAAGAACCGAUAAUUGUGCCUCGGAAACGCAAAAGUCGUCACAUUUGUGACGAUACCGAUCACAUGCACGAUAUGCUACACAAACACGAAAAGGAAAACGAACCAGCGAAAGUUUUAAUCACAACGGAAGCAUCAAUAGAGACUCCCCCGCGAAAGCCUAACCGUGACUUUGGGAAGUACCUGAUAGCCAUGAACGGUUACAGCGAUUCCGAUGAAUCCAAUUCAGCAAAAGUUAUUCGUAAGCAGCGUCCACUAAACCGAAAAACUUUACCUACGCCUCCACCGCCACGUAAAUUGCCAAAGAGUUUAUCGGAAACCCAGCUUCGUCUGGGAUUAGUGAACACUGCUACUAUUGAGCAAACCGAUGAUUCAGAAAACAAGAAAGCCCACAGCCCACGAACCUUGAAACGAAUCAUUUCCAUGCCAACUAACGCUAAUCUUAUCAUAAAGCAGGCAACGGGCAGUCCAACCCCUCCGCUGGUGAAAAGUAACAGUUCCAGUUCAUUUCUGAUCAAAGACUUACAGAAAGCUCACCUAGCGAUGGGAAACUUCAUCCCGGAAGAUCAUCGCUUCAAUGCAGCGGACGAGCUGGUUAAGCCCAAAUCUCGGCUAAAGACUCGAAAGAUAUCGAUUAAAUCCAAUGAGAGUAGUUCUACGGCAACCCCAACCCAGGAAACAAUACCGCCCAAAUUUACCAUCGGCAGCCGAGAGGUCGUACGGUCAUCUUCGAAACCAGUUAAGGCAGACCCACCGGAAGUUCCCAGACGAAAGCGAACCUUAACAGAGGAAUCAAACCAUCAUCCGCUGUUGAAACCGGUCACACGAAAGCAACCGCUACCGAAAGAGAUUCUCGGAUAUGAUUUGGGAACUUUCAUGGUAUCUUCGCAAGCACUGCAUCAUCACGAUAUAGCGAGUGUGAUUGAAAUGGUAUACAGUGCUUGUGAAAGCGAAGAGAAUUUCAUAAAGGAGUUCCAGAAGUACCUGGAAGAUGCUAUCACCGAAGAGGUCAACGAUCCCAACUCGAAGUAUCCGGAAAGUGCAAAGCUGCGGGAAAAAAUAAAAAGCAAAGAAAAUGUAAAGAAACCGGAAGAAGUGGAAGACAAAUUGGAAGAUAUAAAAAUUGAUCUAGUCGGUUCGGACGAUUCCAACAAGUCGUCCGAUAUUGAUGACUGUUUCGAUCCAGAGUUCGAGAAGAUUGAGAAGACGGAAUUGAACGAUCAUCUGACGGAAAUAGUGGAAGUUAAAAAUUCACCGCGUUCGGAUAGUAAAGGUAGUGUAGACGAUGUAAAUGAUUGGUUUGAAAGUGGUUCAGAGGUUGGGUCUGUAGUGGAAGGAUCGGACAAACUUGGUUCGAUGGUUAGCGUGAAGUCUCACGGACCCCGUAUGGGUAGACGAGAGAGUAUUGAAGACAUGGAUGAUUGGUUCAAGAAUCACAUCGAAUUGUUCCCUGCGAAGGAAACGUUGAUAGGUGUUCGAAAGCAACGCCGAGGAUCGGACGGUCUGCUAACGUACGAUACCAGCAGACAGUAUCCGUUCGGUUCGGCAAAGCAUCGUCGAGAUUCGCUCUCGGCGGAGAUGUUUGAAGAUAUUACCAAAAUGCACGAGAUGGGUGUCGAUAAAGAUCAGAAACCGGUUACCUCAGCGACGUUAGUGAAAAAUCAACAUCGCUUGCAAGAACGACGCGGUUCGGAAGGUACAGUCCAGUCUUACGAUACCAGCUGCAAGUACCCAUUCGGGGAGCCAAACACGGAUUUCCUCAAGGCUUUGGAGGGAGGUGAAGAAGAGCAAACUAGCAACGAAACGAUUCCAGUAACGAAUAUUAACUGCAACGAAAAGGAACAGAUACGUGAUAUUGAGGAAUCGAACAAGCCAAAAGGCAGUACCGAUCAUUCCACAUUGUUAAAAUUUCUGUCUAAUGAAAAGGUAGUUAAUUAAACGCCUAUUUUAUGGUAUAUUUAUUGAUUGCGUCAGUAUUAUCAGGAGUUAGAUUGUUGAUGCAAACAUUAGAGUGGACCGGCUUCACUAUAGGUAUGAGUUCUCGCUAUAUGCUAAUCAAAUAUCAUACAAUGCAGCACAGAUUUCUAGGAUACGUUUAGACGACUCACGGACCUCAUUGGGAACCCGGGUGUAACGAAUAUACAUAACUCAAGUAGAUUGAGUAAAUCGAGAAUGAACUCUAAUUUGAGAGAUAUCGGUUAGAUAUAAACAUCGUAUCUUAGGAGAAUGUUGCUUAUAAUGGGUGCUAUGUAGAAUAUUCGAAUAUUCGUUGUGCCCAAAAGAAAUUUCAAAUGGAAAUCCGUAGAAAUCUGUGGCUUAGAAACGUUGUGGUUUGAUUGUAAAUUGCUGAGUAAUAAUUUUGUGUUGUCAAGGUAACGCUACAAUAUUGUUUUAAUGACAUGUUAAGAGCUAAAACAAAAUGUUUUAAGAAAAGUAAAUAGCUAGCAUUAUCCUAAAGUAGGCAUAAGGCAAAUAAA